AACACCGGUUUCUCCUUGGCCAGGAUCGAUGACAGCGAUGGGGAGUUUCUCUUGAUAGAAGCAGCCGAUUUUCUCCCAGAGUGGCUGAAUCCUGAGAAUAGCGACAACAGGGUGUUCUUUUACAAAGGAGAGCUGCACAUCAUUCCGCUGUCAGAGACGCACGAGCAGGAGUGUGACCUAUCCGCUGCCAGCCCAACGCUCCCGCAGGCGCUAACGCUGUUAUCCACCCGUUCGGAGGAGUUCCUGGCUGCAGAACCCAUUAGAACAGCAGUGUAUAAACGCAUUGACGGGUAUCCUGAGAAAAUUCAGGCCUCGUUUCACCGAGCUCACUGCUACCUUCCAGCAGGCAUUGUGGCAGUGCUGAGGCAGCGCCCUUCAUUGGUGGCUGCAGCAGUCCAGGCCUUUUACCUGCGGGAUCCAGUGGAUUUACGAGCAUGUCGCACUUUUCGAACUUUCCCUCCAGAAGAGCGUGUGAUGACCAUCGUUACUUUCACAAAGUGUUUAUAUGCGCAACUGGUGCAGCAGAAGUUUGUUCCAGACAGGCGAAGUGGAUACACACUGCCCCUCCCAUCUCACCCUCAGUACAAAGCCUAUGAAUUGGGAAUGAAACUGGCUCACGGCUUUGAAAUUUUGUGCUCCAAGUGCAGUAAAGUAUCUCCUGAUUCCAAGAGAAGUAUGUUAAGCGGUCCCUUGUGGGAGAGAUUCCUCAGCAGCCUGAAGGAAAAAAAUUAUUUCAAGGGAGAAAUGGAAGGAUCUGUGAAGUACACGCAACGGUUGCAUAUGGCAGAAGACUAUUUCAGGCAAUCUGUUGCCAAGCCAGAAAGCUCUGUCGAAGUGAGCCCAGGCGAUGAAAUCUUGACAUUGCUACGGACAACAACCAUUGAUUUGAAGGAAUUUGAGAGAGAAGCAGCUUGUCUUCCUCCAGAGGAUGAUGACAGUUGGCUGGAGAUUACACCGGCUGAUCUAGAUCAGAUGCUGAAGGAGACAAGAAAUGAGUCCUUUCUUUCCUCAAAUGAGGAGGAGCAGAAAUACGACUUGGAAGCAGUUGCUGAAAGUAUGAAGGCUUUUGUAUCCAAAGUCUCAACGCAUGAAGGAGCAGAAAUGCCAUGGUCAUCUGAUGAAUCCCAUGUUACCUUUGACGUAGAUUCUUUUACAAAAGCCUUAGACAGAAUUUUAGGGCCAGACUCUGAAGAGCUGGAUUCUGAUGAUCUGGAUGAAGAGGAGGAGUUUGACUUCUUGGAUGAGGAUGAUGAUGACUUAGAUGCUGAAAAUCAAGGGCAAGACGAGGAGGCAUCACCUAAUGAGCUCAUAGGCAGUCUGAAGUCAUACAUGGACGAGAUGGACAGGGAACUGGCACAUACCAAUGUUGGUAAAAGUUUCACAACCCAAAAGAAAGGGGCAAGUUUUGGUAAUGCAACGACUUCUCAAAACGCUGGCCCUGAUUCUGGAGCAGAAGACGCCGAGUUGACACCAGUCGAUGUGGAUACGAACCUAGUGGCUAACCUGCUUGAAUCCUACAGUGCACAGUCCGGGCUGGCCGGGCCCGCCUCUAACAUUUUACAGAGCAUGGGAGUGUAUUUACCUGCAAAUGCAGAUCGUAUUGGCGCCAGCAAGGGAGCGACAGAGUAA